GCGCUCAGAACUAAAUGUUGAGGAAUUAUUCUAGCACCACUGAAUUUUAUCUCUUAGGCUUCCCUGGCUCCCCAGAAUUACAUCAUACCUUAUUUGCUACUUUCUUCCUCUUCUACUCAGUUACAAUAAUCGGAAAUAUGCUUAUAAUUGUGAUGGUCUGUGUUGGUAAACAUCUGCAGUCCCCCAUGUAUUUCUUCCUUGGCCACCUCUCUGUCCUUGAGAUCCUGAUCACCUCUGUUGCUGUCCCCUUGAUGCUCCGGGGAUUGCUGCUUCCAGGGAUGCAGGCAAUAUCCCUGACGGCAUGUGGUGCACAAUUGUAUUUAUACCUUUCUUUGGGUACAUCGGAGUUUAUAUUAAUGGGAGCAAUGGCUGUGGACCGUUACGUGGCUGUCUGUCACCCCCUGAGAUACAACAUCAUCAUGAACAGCCGCACGUGCUGUUUUGUGGUAAUUGCCUCAUGGGUGUUUGGGUUCCUUUUUCAAAUCUGGCCCAUCUAUGCCACAAUUCAGCUUACCUUCUGCAAGUCAAAUGUGAUAGACCAUUUUUACUGUGACCGAGGACAACUAUUCAAACUAUCCUGUGAUGACAGCCAUUUCACACAGUUUAUUCUAUUUUUAAUGGCUGUUUUUGUUAUCAUUGGUGCUUUGAUCCCCACGAUCGUCUCCUACACCUAUAUCAUCUCCACCAUCGUCAAGAUCCCCUCAGUCUCUGGCAGGAGGAAGGCCUUCUCCACGUGUGCCUCCCACUUCACCUUUGUUGUGAUCGGCUGUGGCAGCUGCCUGUUCCUCUACGUGAAACCCAAGCAAACGCAGGCAGCUGAGUACAACAGGUUAGCGUCCCUGAUGGUUUUAGUGGUGACCCCUUUCCUGAACCCUUUUAUCUUCACCCUCCGGAAUGACAAAUUCAUAGAGGCCUUUCGAGAUGUCAUGAAACGCUGCUCUCAACUCCUCAAGGACUAGUUCUGUCUUAAGGACCAUCAUGGACACACCAUCAAGGACCUGCGUGAUCUGAAAGCACUGAUUCAAAUCUGAAAUGAUCAUUGUCAUAACCAAAUAGUUUCUGAUCUGCAAGGUAACUUUAAAAUGCUGACAGUGCUCUAAUUUAUAACCAGAUGAUUCCUACUUGGGGAGAUCACUUUAU